GAGAGAGAGAGAGAGAGAGAGAAUACGCUCAGUGCGCAGAAACAGAGGCAGACAGAAGUAGUGCGCGUUAGAGCUCGUACCAUCGUGCUGAAGGUGACGAGUAGAGGAUUGCAAACAGACAGAGAGAGAGACUCUUGCUGAAGGUGACGCGAUGCUCCGCACCGUCAUGCUCCUGUUGUGUGUGUGUGUUUGCGCGGCGGUUAUCACCGGAGCGGCCGCCCGCCAAAACAACGGAAAUUUUCUAGACGACAAAUGGCUGACGGCUCGAUGGGACAAAUUUCGUGACGAAGUAGAGGAGCCGGGAUCAUGGAACCCUGGGAAGCCGCUUGAUCAAGCUCUGGAUCCUGCCAAAGACCCCUGCUUGAAGAUCAAAUGCGGCCGACACAAGCAGUGUGUGGCUGAAGACUACAAAACUCCGACCUGCGUUAGCCAGACAAGUGUAAAGAGCACAAGUUUCAAGGAUGUGCUGGUGAAAUGUAAGAGAUGUCCGUUGACACGUCCUGCACCAGUGUGUGCGACAGACAGACACACUUAUUCCACCAAGUGUCAAAUGGAGUAUCAGGCAUGUAUCUCUGCAACACAGAUUGCAGUGAAGUGUUCAGGACAGUGUCCAUGUGUGUCAGAAAUAAACAAAGCUGUGGAGAAGAAAGAGUGCAGUGAUGCUGAACUGAACAAAGUGGCAAGCAGAUUGAGAGACUGGAGCAGAGAUGUGUACGAAAGCAGCAAGAAGCCGAAGCUCUUCAAACCAGAAAUAAUGGAUGUGACUAAAGGACCUGUCUGUAAAGGCUCCCUGGACUGGAUGUUCACCAGACUGGACAUGAACUUUGACCUUCACCUUGACCAAUCAGAACUGUCCAGCCUCAUCUUGGAGAGGGAAGAUCCGUGCACAAAGACUUUCCUCAGGUCAUGUGACCUGGGCCGAGACCAGCUCAUCUCCAGCAAAGAGUGGUGCUCAUGUUACCAGAGACAUCUGGAGUCUCCCUGCCAGUCAGAGAUUACGAACAUCCACAAACAGCAAGCUAGGAAGAAACUACUGGGUCAGUACGUCCCCUCCUGCGACGAGGACGGCUUCUAUAAGCCACACCAAUGCCAUGGCAGCAGUGGACUGUGCUGGUGUGUGGAUCGCUAUGGAAACAAGGUCGCCGGGUCACGCAGGAUGGGACCGGCCGAAUGUGCAUUCGAGGGUUCAGGAGACUUUGGGAGUGGGGACUCGUUGCUCUCUGAUGACGAGGAUGACGUCGUCUUGAACGAUCAGGAGGACAUGGGAGACGACGAGGAAUACGACGAUGACGAUGACGACGGCUACUUGUCGUAAUCAACGUUAUGUGGGGUUUUUUUGUUUGGCUUUUGUUUUUUGUUUUUUGUUUUUCUAAAAGAGGAAGGAGAAACCAAAAGCACGUUUUUAGGCAUCACUUGUAGAAAUGAAGUACUAAUAUUACUAAUGGCUUAGAUAAAGGUAUAUUUCCCUCUCGCUGUGUAACAUUUGUAUUUUACAGAAAAAAUAUAGAACUGAUUAAUACAAUGCAUUUUAUUUUUGUUAUUCUUAUGUGGCUGGACGUUAUUGAGAGUGACUCUGCUGUAUUCCUUUGGCAAGGAAGUAGGAAUGAUCUCACACACACACACACACACUCACACAUACACACAAUGACAGAAUUUCUUCUACUUCCAUGUGUGUCCUUGUUUUUCUGUACCUUACAGACUUCGUUGCAACCUUUUAUCAGUUUAUAGUUACCUUUACCGUUGUCCAUGAAAAAAAGUAAGUUCUUCUAAUCACUUACAUUACAGCAGCUGUAAAUAGGCGUUCUGUCACUGUUUUUUUUCUCUCUUUUGAAAUGAAUAAGACAAAAAAAAAUGCAGCGUUGAUACUAGAGACUCCUUCCAAAUAAUUUACACUGUACAUGUAUGCCGCUUUUUUCUCUCAUCACAGUAAAGUAAAAAGGAACAUGUAGAACUCUCGACACUAAAUGAAUGAUAAGGGAUGUCUCUAGCUACCAACAAGACAUUUGACCCUUUAAACAUGAGGUUCUUUCAGAAAACACUCAUGUCAGAAGGCACAAUCUACAAAUCAAGUCAACUAGCUGAGAAAAUUAGCAUAACUCAACAAAUUAUUUAGUUAUUAAGUUUAAUUAUCAGACCUUUGGCUGCUAAAAGAUCUUGUUUGCCAAUAGCAGAGUGACAAACUGUUGGUCUGAAAUGAACAAGCAAUUAUUUUCAGGAUGAUUUGCACUUUUGUUUUGGCUUGUAUAAGACUAAAGUUAAGGUUUGUCUAAAUCUUGAUUCAUUCUAACUUGGUCUUGAAUAAUCUUAAUGAGUCCAUCAUGAAUCAGUGGAACUCUACCUUGAACCAUUUCAAAUCAAUUUUGACUCAUCGGAGCUGUUCAAAUUCCAACUUGACUCAUUUGAACUGCACGAGGAGUCAUUGGAACGCCAUCAUGAAUCAUUUCAACACAGUCUUGACUCAUUGGAACUCAGAUGCUGAAUAACUGAUAACUUUGACUGAUUUGAAAAUCAUGGUCACUCAUUUGAAUCUGCUCUUGACUAAUUGGAAGUCUUUGAUUUAUUUGAACAACAAACUUGACUCAUUUGAGCAUGAUCUUGACAGUUAAACUUAAUUUUGACUCGAUCUUGACUCGAUUUGAACUUGAUCUUGACUCACUGAAACUGAUUACAGAAACACUCACAAACACUAAAAACAAAAUGCUACAAAUGGGCCAAAUAAAAGAAAAAAAAAAACAUUGAAGUACCCCUUUAAAACAGAGUGUUACGCAAGAGACACAUUGGCUGAUGAGAUACAAUAAUAAUCACACACAAACACACACAGGCAUCUGUGUUUGUGCUCCAGCUUUUGAAGGCGACGCCAAACCUGAGAUCAGACUCACUGGAGCGUUGUGUGUCUCUCUCGCUCACACACAUACACACACACAGACACACACAUACACACACAGUAUUUUGUUGUUAUGUGUCAUCUGUUAGUUGUCCUGAGAUGUACAGUGCCUUUGAGUAGAAGAGAAAGAAACUUCUAGGGAAUUUUAGCCUACAGGGUUGUUUGGUUUUGUUAAUUUUUUUCUUUUUCACCUCCCUGUAUUCCUCUGUGUGUGUUUCUGUGGACCGUUUAUAUUUUUCAACUGACAAAACGUACAAAAAGUUCCAGAUUUUCAAUAUGGCUAUGUCUGUAGUGUCACUUCAUGAUCUUUUGAUUUGAUCCGGAGUUCGAUUUAGUUGCGUUUCACGUUUGCGUCCACGUCAGAACAAAAUAGAGAAGCUAGAAAAAAAUAAAUCCCCAUUAUGCACAUCUGUCUAGCUUGUUUUAGUUCAGUUUUGUUUUAGAAAUUCUAAAUGCAUUUUUUUACAGUGUACGUAAUAUUUGCUGAAAUAAAGUUCUAUCAACCUGAA